GAGGCAUCCUCUCCCCAUCCUCUUGAUCAAGGAGCGACUUGAUAGUUGAAGGAGCAGUGUGCGGUGGUAAUCAUGGACAAGAGUGUCAGUAACGAGUGAGACUGUGCACGGUGAGAGUGUCGUCAGCAGCAGCCUCGCUCUUAGGGUAGAAUGCCCAAGGAGAAACGACAGAGUGAAGAAUAUGAAUCUAACAAUAAUAAUCAUACUAUGAGCUAUGUGGAUGUGAAUAAUAGUGUGCCGACAACGGAAAGUGCUCUUCUACCUCAGGGUUGGGACGUGGGAAGAGACUUCGAUGGAAAGGUUUACUACAUUGAUCACAACACAAAGAAAACAACAUGGAUAGAUCCAAGAAUUCAGCUCAAUCGCAGCUAUCAUCAUUCGAGUUCAAAUGUAUCGGAGCCGGUUCCCAUGAAUCACUGGGAGCAAAUGGUGCCAGAUUCCGCAAGCCAAGGCCACCGAAGGCUGCCAACCUUGUCAUCCUGCCAAUUGGCAGAUAGCAAUAGGUCUCUGGCCUCGUCUUGUUCCUCCUCCCUCCAACCAGCCCCUUCUCUUCAUGAGGUGUCUCAGUCCAGACUCAGCAACCAUCAUGUUCCUGUGCCUCAGCAGCAUUCUUCCCAUGGCCAUUACCCAUCCUACCCGACAGGUUUGCCACCCUUGCCCCUUCUUCAUCAUGCGCCAGGGUUGCCCAAUGGAACACUGGAGCCCAACCCUGAGUGGCGUGGCCUUCAGGAGGACAUGCUUCGACAAUAUCUGGCCACGGCGGAAUGUGACCUUCGAGCCAAACAAGAACUGGUGGACAUCAAGCAACAGAGGUUACACCUGGCUCAAGACGAAUUCAGACAUCUAAACAACACGUUGACAGCUCUGUCGGCCAGCAAUUCCUCAUCAGUUCAUUCUUCACCCACACCUUCCACAUAUUCUCGCAUGUCUAAUUAUGGGUAUGGUUCGGCUAAAUCGGCGUCGGUUCCAGCCUCGGCUUGUGGCUCGGCCUCCACGUCCCCUUAUCUUAAUGCCAAGGACGGCCUUUACACGGCCUUGUGUAAAGGCUUCCAUGCCUCACAGACGAGUUUGAACUCCACUGGUUCAGUUUCGAGUACAAAGUAUGAUCCGGACCUUUUGAAGUCCGACGUCCAGCAUGCCAAGGCCCGAGUGCAAAGGCUGAAACAAGAAUUGGCCAACAUUGACACCGAGAUGUCCUACAAACAGAAAGGCGUCGAAACCUUGGCCAACGUGAGUGCCAAAUACUCGGAUGAGCAACACAACCUGACGCUAGAGGAGGCCCAAGCCAUCAAGAAUGAGUUGUACCACAUCCAAAAGUCACUUUCCGUGGGGGAGCAGGAGAAAAUUGAGCUCAUGAAGAGCCUGGCUUGUCUCAAAGAUGAUUUGACGCGGUUGCAACAUUCCGAGAGCUCGCUUGACGUAUGUUCGGCUCCAAUGGAAAAAUUCUCCACAGCUUCUCAAACAGAUAUUUCUGGGGAGAUGAUCCCUGUGGGUACGAGACUGGCGGAAAUGGCCAAACUCCGGCUCCAAUACGACGAGGCCCGGCGAUAUGUCCAAGAUAUUCAGCAGAGUUUGGCAUCGUUGGAGGAGCGCAUGCUUCCUGGCCAACUGGAAUCUGAUAAGGAUCGUCUGCUCCUGAUCCAGGACAAAGAGCAACUCCUCCGAGAAUUGCGAUCAAUCACACCUCGAUCGCGAUCCAAUCACGAGAUGACAGAGAUCCGAGAAAAGAUCCGCCGCCUUGAGCAAGACCUCAACAACGCCAUGGAAAUCAGCAAUCGCCGGAUCGCGGAGAGGCUCAAAAUACACGAGGAUAAGCAGAUUCUCCUCCAACAACUCCGGGAUGGUCUUCGCGCCGUUUCUCGGCUUGAAUCUCAGUUGAAGCUUCUGUCGGCGUCAACCAUGUCCAUGAGUUCGUCCUCCUCACUCGGAUCCCUAUCCUCAUCCCAUGCCUCAUCCAAAGGCUCCUUGUCCUCCCUCUCAUUCACCGAUAUCUAUGGCUUAUCCACUACCACUCCGUCCGAUCCUUCAAUGCUCGACCUUCACCGACGCGUGGACAAGAUCUUAAACAACAAUGCCACCGAAAAGCAAUCUGAAUCCUCGUCCUCCAAUGAUGAAUCAUCCUCCCUUCUGACCCCUGAAAGCGAAACCUCGCCCCUCAGUCAGUCUCAAAUGAAUCAAAUAAGCAAUUUCUCGUCCCGAAGCUCUCUGAAUUCGGUCUCGCCUCCCGUGAGCCCUCAAGAUGCUCAACUCCAACCACCUUCGUACGAACAAGCAUUUCUGGGUUCUAACGAACGACAGCGGAGACUUCAACACCAACAACAGCACAUGCAUUUAGAGGUGAAUAAAGUGUCCUUACCCGAAUUGACCGACUUUAAGCUUGGGAACAGAGCCAUGCCGCCCAAAUUGUCCACCAUAUCCGAAAACUUGGGCCGCGAAACCUACAACAGUGCCUUAAUGCAAUCUACUGAUGACUUCAACAACCCCUCCGAGCCUCUUUCACCCAUAUCCGAGUCGGUGAACGAGCCCUUAUCCUUCACCAGUGGGAUCCAAAGCAAGGCCUCGUCGGCUGUGUUGUCUUCAAGUGCCUCAGUGGUGGCAUCGGCGGGUAUAAGUGAAGAAUCCGUAGCCGGAGACUCGGGUGUGUUUGAGGCCUCCACGAGGAAACAAAGCGAAAUCGGAGGCCUCUCGUCCUCUCUGGAAACUGCUCAAGUUCAAAUCAGCCUAAGAUACUCUUUGAGUGACUCUCUAUUACACAUUGGCCUCGAGCGGGCGCGGAACCUCGCCGCUCUUUUCAUACCGGAAAAUCGAAAAAUAUGCAUGAAGGCGUCUUUACUGCCAUCCCCGGUGUCUACGAAUUGGACGUUCUGCUCCCAAUCCGUGACCAACAUCCACAAGCCCACUUUCGGAGAGACGUUUCCAGUGUCCGUUUCGCGGAACAAACUGGGUUCCAAGACCCUUCAAGUGAACGUUUGGUCCACUGCUCCUGAUGGUCGUGAGGAAUGUCUUGGCGCGGCUCAAGUCAGCUUGGCCGACUUUGACAUCAAAACCGUCCGCGUUCAGUGGUACAACAUCUUGAGCUACCACUUUAUGCGUCAGCCUAAUGAAAGUAGGCCGCAAAAUCAUCAUGAAAGUGCGCUAAGUAGUGCUAUCUCCAGCAAGCAAAGCACUUUGAAAGAGGAAAGCAGCGACGAAUCCACCAUCAUAUCCUCCCAAACGUCCACACUCACUCGAAAUAUUGGACCCGAAGCAUUGAUGGCUCAAUUUGGAAUCGCUGCUGGUGACCUCAGUGUGGUUAAUGGGGAGUUCGAGCCGUCGGAUGAUGAGAACGAUGAGAGUGCUCUCCACCACGCAGAAAUGCUUCCUACAGAAAAAGAGAUCAUGUUCACUUUGAGCGCCUUGGAUCAAGACCAGAUUGAAAAUGAUCAGGCCCAAUUGCCGCAAGAUUUGGCAGAUAAAGAAACGAAUACCGAGUGUGUCUUUCUGCAGCCGAGUGCCUCUCCGAGAAAAAGUGGACCUGUGGCUGAUUCUGUGUCUGCUUUGGUAAAAAGAUCGCAAACGUUUUCACCCAGUGCUCCCAUCAACAAGAGUGAUUACAACUGCAGACUCAUUCGAAGUGACUCAGAUUCGGCCAUGUCAAUCCGGAAGCGAUUGGCUUUCCAACGUUCCAUGUUGGAACGCCGAUCUUUGCGAGUGCCCGCCAACGCUCCUCGUUCCCCGUUGAAAAGUCAUUCCAGCAAGUCCAUGUCCAAGUCUGGGUCCUCCAGUGCCAAAAUUCCGUCCAUAAAAACCUCCUUGGAUUUGGAACUUGAUCUUGCAGCUCAACAGACCAAGCUGAAACUUCUUCAAGACGAGAUUGAUCGCUUGAAAGACAUCAAGGACAAGCUAGAAAGUGAGCGAGGAAAAGGAAACAAGGAAUUGCCCAUGUGGUUCCAGGAACAAGAAAACUUGCAGCAAAUCAUGUCCAAGUUGCAGACGGACAAUCAGUCUGUUAGUAAAUCGAAAGAGGAAAAGCGCAUAGAGAAAAUGUUGAGAAAAACUGAUCGUGAUAUCUACAAACUGAGGAAGAUGAAGACCGCCUCCAAAGGUCAAUUGGAUAUUCUGGCUUUCAAGGAGAAGAUGGCCUUCUUUACCACUAUCAAGAAUGAAGUCCCCGCCGUGAUCACGACUUCCGAAAUUGACUCCGACGCGGAACAGGUCGAGGACGAGGACACGGCCUCCGAGAGUGGAUCCACCCUGAAGCACGCCCUCACGUCUCGAUUGGAUCAACUGAGCCUGGAAGAAAGCGUAGUGGAUAGUGAGCCAAAUCCACCUCGUUCACGUAGUCUCGAAAAUGUUCAAGAGCGUUUCACCUAUGAGAUCGAUCCGGACAUUGGAGUCAUUGUUUAGAACGUGCCUACUCGAGAGCUUCCGUCUCGUGGACGAAGCUUUGCUCAACCUAAAUGUGAAAAUGAGGCACCCUUGUGAAUCAAAAGCACCCCAACCGCCCUCUCUCCCAUUAUCCCAAAGGGGAUGGAACAUGCAAUAUAACUUCCAUCUCAUCAUCCGCGCUCCUUACAUGAAGAUUCAUACAGAACUCACCUCUUAUUUCCUCCUAUCCACUUCCUUCCUCUUUUGGCCUUAUUCUGUGUAUUGUUUUCAAGUAUGGUGCUAAUUGUUGAAGAUAUGUAAGGGCCGCCCAAAAGUGCGUGGAACCCGUUGCCCACGGAUAAUUGUGUCUCCCUUCGAGUGUUACUGUUCCUGGGAACUGGCCGUGUCAUCCCAUACGUGACUCUGUUUCAUUGACACGUUCGUGUCUUCUACCUAAUACGUGGCGAAAAUCGAAAAAUAGAUAACUAAAAGCGA